CUCAUCAUAUGAAAAUCCUGGUGCACGUAGUGAAAAUGAUUUUUCGUUUACAUAAAAUUGUUAACCUAGAAUAAUUCGUGGGGACAAAUUUGGCGAAUCGUGUUUAGUUGGAAAUCCUGCGUUCAACGUAUACUUGAUGUGAAAAAGUUUAAAGAUGAUGCAUAAUCGUGCUCCUCGAGGUCCACAGGUGGGUGGUGGUUCUGGUCUGCUUGGUGAAGGUCCCGGCAUGAAGAGGAUGAUGCCAGGUAUAGGAGGGGGUGGUUUGCUUGGUAAGGCUCCAACUGAAAACAGAAUGCACCAGCCGCGUUCACUGCUGGAGAGAGCAGACCUGGCUGGUGGCAUGAGAAAACAGCCGAACAUGCGAGGGGGUCUACUAGAUCAACCUAAUUUAAGAGAUAGGCAAGGAUAUAACCAAGGGGGGAGAUUAGAACAGCAAGCUGAUAUUGGCUAUUACAAUGAAGCUGGCGGGGAUUACAUGGAAAAUCUGGGAGCGUACAGUCAAGAGUAUGAAGAUCCUAAUGCUGGUGCCUAUGACCAAGGUGGUGAUGUUCGGUAUGAAAGUCAGGAUGACGGGUAUGGCUACAGUUACAACAAUGAGCCAGCUAGGGACUUGUAUCAAGCUCAGGCUAAUACACAGAGAGGCCUGCUUCAAGAUCCUUCAGGUAGAGGCCAGGAACUGGAUUAUGGGUUUGAGGAGCGAGGUUUUAGACACGAGGAGCAAGGAAUGAGGCAUCAAGAGCCGACACAGAGGCAGAGACAGACCGGCGGUUAUGAAGUCAGAGGUCUGUUGGAGGUUCCAGCUGAGCCAAGGGGUCUUUUAAGGAAUGCUGAUGAGCAAAGAGGCAUGAUGAAUCAACCUAGAGAUCAGCAGGGUCGGCCCUCCAGUAGGCAUCAACAUGGACUUUUAGACCAGCAAAGGGAGCACGGUUUCAUCGACUCUGUACAUGACCGUCGUGGUCUAAUGGAAAUACCAGGUCUUGACUUGCACACUGAGCAACAAGGUCUACUUGACUAUCCUAGAGAUCAACAAAGAGGUUUAAUGGACCCUCCAAGUAUAAUUGAUAUACCUGAACCACCAAGGCCGCCAAGGUCUUUAAUGGACAGCCGAAAGGAGCCAAGAAGCUUAAUGGAUACUCCAAUGGAGCCAAGAGGACUAAUGGAUAUAGGCAGAGACCAGAAAAAUUUCAUGGAGAAGCCAAUGGUACAACAGAGAGGAAAUAGGGGACAACAACAGAGAGGUCUUCUAGACACCCCGAGAGAGAAGAGAGCCCAAUUGUCUCCAAAUCCACAAAAUACUAUGAACAGACCAAGGACAAAGCAGAGCGAGUUGAUGGAGAAGGCAGACCUUCAAAUGAAGCUUCUACAACAAGAAAAGAUGAGAGAGAUGGAGCAAAUGGAACAGCUGAAUCUGCUGAAACAACAACAACAAGCACUGUUGUUGCAACAACAACAACAACACAUGCAGCAGAUACAGCAGCAAGAGUUUGAGCAACAGCUACAGAUAAAACAACAGAUGCAGCAAGCAGAAAUCAUAAUGAAUGCAACAAAGGGACAGCAAAGAAACUCUGGGGCCAUACCAUCUUUAUUUGAUGUACCAACUAGAGGGAAAACAACUCUUGGAAAGCGUCCCAGUGCACCAAUUAGAAAUUCUGAUAACAAAAGAGCAAGGCCUGGAGAUCGUCAAAACAGAAGGCCGUUAGUGCAAGGAAGAAAGGAUUCCUCCUCACGAGACCGCCUAGGUGGUCGACGAAAUGAUAGAAACGAUAGAAACAAUAGAAACAGACGGGGAAGUCUACAAAAACGGAAAUCUUCCCCUGACCGUAAGAGUCGAGACAGAAGAGUAUCAGGUUCACGUGAUGGAAGUAGCAAGAAAUCUACCCCAAGUCGUGACAAGAAUGAUCGGAAUGACCGAGGGAAAGACCGCAAGAACGAGAAAGGAAAGGACAAGGUUGAGAAAGAGGAUACCAACAAAGAGAAGCCAAAGACUGAAAUCACUGUUACCAUGGGAGAAAAGUACGACCCUGCCGAACCUACAGAGGAUAUAACAGAGGAAGAGGAAGUAGCAAAGGCUGACAGUGUAGCUGUAGAGAAGAUGGAGACUGAUGAGAAAGAUGACAGUAAAGAUGUGGAAAUAAAGGAGGAAAAUAAAGAGGAGGACCAGAAACCAAAGGAAAUAAGCCUAACUGUGACAGUAAACAAGAAGGGCCGUUCUGUAAAUGAUGCUGAUCAGGAUGAGUCAAAGAAGAUACCUCGGGAGAAGAUGUAUAAAUGUAAUAUCUGUUCAGUGUCCUGUUAUGAUGAAGCGAGUUUUAGCCGACAUAUGGGCGGUAAGAAGCACGGUGAUAAGAUGAAGAUUGUCAUGUCAUCUACAAGUCAUCAGACCGAGCUGAUCAAAUCACGUCUACAAGCCGAGGAACAUUUACGACAAAUAGAGAGCAAGAAACGAACACCUGUAAAACAAGGGCCAGUUGGAGCUCCAGGACCUAAAGGAAAGGCAUUGGAAACUCUUUGCAAGGUGUGUGAGAAGAAUUUUACAGGGGCCUACAAGGAUCACAAAGAAUCACCUGAUCAUAAGGCCAAGGAGGACCGCAGCAAAGCAGGCUGUAAGAUCUGUAAUGUGUCGACUUUCAGUACAUAUGAUGGUUUUAAGAAACAUCUUCAGAGUGUAUGGCACCUCAAGAAAAUGAAGCAAGAGUCUUGGCCUGAAUGUAAACUAUGUGCUCAGAAGUUUAAAUCUCCAAGGAAGUUUGUUCAACAUUGUAAAACUGACCAUCACAUUCAGAAUAGGAAGAAAUUAAACAGUGAGGAUGAUGAUGAAGAAAUGAGUGAACUUGUUACCUUGGAUACCGUAGGUUUUGAUGAUGAUUCUGUUAAUGCAGAGAAGAAAGAAAAAGAAAUGGAGACUGAUACAACAUUUGCUAAACCACUGGCUGUGAGUACUCCUAUACCAAAACCUACCGAGAAACCGGUGAAGGCGAAACCGGAAGUACCAACGCUCUCUAAGAUAGAGGAAGAUAUAGAAAUACCAGAUACAUACGACCCUAAUCUGGCUCUAGGUCAGAGAUAUGUGGUUCCAGUGUCCGGUUUCUUCUGCAAACUUUGUCAUAAGUUUUACAAUAAUGAGGCAGCAGCCAAAGUUGCUCACUGCCAGUCUGAAACCCACUUUGAGAGACUUAAGAAAGCUGUAGCUGCAAAACGUUUGAAAGCAAAGAAAGAGGAUGUGUCCCAGCCUCAAUCUGGUGAUAAAGAAAGUGGAACCAGUCAGUCUAAUGAAAUGAAGAAUGGGGAUCAAACUGGGGAUGAGACGGCAAAUAUGGAGGAUCAGUCGGUAGAUGAAACUGCUGAUGUAAAUGAAAACUCGGUAAAUGAGGGAUCUCAAGACACGUCCGAUAAUUCCCAGGAUGAAGGGGAGAGCACUCUUGAAGACUCAGAAUCAAAGGAUAAAGGAUCAGAUACAGCUUCUCCUGUCGUUGCGGUUAAACGGCCAACAGCUAGACGAGGUGGUUACGCUGCACGUGCAAGGCGUGGAAGAAAAUGAUACCAGUACCCCAUUCAUGAUCAUUCCUAAAUAACAGUAUUGCAGGCUUCCAGAAAAAUCUUUUUUUUAUCUAACAUGAAGUUUGUAAUUAAAAAAAAAAGUUUGUAAUUACAGGACUUACAGGAUUUUUUUUAUUCUAAUGAUUAAACUUUCACUCUUGUUUUAAUCAGGUGAAGUACAUGUAUAUACUGGUUAAAGUGACAUUAUGCUCAUUUUUUUCACAACCUGACAAUCUGAGAUAAAAGAUCAAUCUGAGAUAUUUAUGCCUAAAUAUGCUAUGAAUUUUAUUUCUCAAAUGCAUCUUAUUUCUGUUAUCUUGUUUGUUACAGUUUCCAAAAACCAACUUAUAAGCCAUAUUCAUUAAAUAUCUAUUCCUACUUUUACUCUGGCAAUUGUUAUAAUUAUAGUGAAUUAGUAUUUUGUAUGGAAGUCUAAAUACUACUUUGUUUACAUUUUGGUACCUUAAUUAAUUAAGACAGAUUACUGCAUGUUCAGCGCAACUUUCUUCAGGUGUUUAUCAUCUGAUAUAUUCUAAAUCCAUUAUUAAAACAUUAUUAAAUACAGGUUUGACUUCUCUAAAGAAUUAAAAAAUACAAAUUUCGUAGAAAUGAUAUGUAUAAGUUAUAUAUUUUUAAAGGUUGACAAUUAUAAUGAUAAUUAAACAAUUAUUGAUAAGAACAAAGGUAAAAGGAUAGAGGAUAAAAACUGUCUAAAAUAUUUUAAAAAAUAUGCCCCAUUCUUCAAAUUGAACAUUAUCAGUACCGGUAAUUUUCAAAGGAUAUUUAUAGAUAUUUAGUGGGUCACAGGGUUAUAUUGACUAUCCAGGUGGGGUUUAUAGUAAAAUUAAAAGCAAUUGUGACAAAAUUUAAAGUUGUUUUGAAUUUUUCCUGAACACUCGCCAUUUACUCUUGGAUUGGUAUAAUGUCACUUAAACAUGUCUGAGUUUUGUCUGUACAAAGAACAGAAUCAAGGGUAAAGAUCAAAAUACUGUAUAUUAGGAUUUCCUUACACAAUGUAGUUAACAUUUUGAUUUUUGAUAUAAAAAUGUAAAUAGGCUUUUAGAAGCACAGAUGAUGACAUUUUAAAGGAGAUUUGUUUUAUGUCUUGCAUUGCAAAUAGGAAUAUUGUUGAAGAUUAAAAAGAUAAAACUAUUUACUAUGAAACUUGAAAAAAUGCGGCAAAAGUUGUUUUUAAUUGUCCACAUUUACUUGCUAUUGGCAUGUCCCAUAGUUAUAUUGAUUUUGUAUAUAAAUAACACUUUGUUUGUUCAACAUAUUGAUUUCAGUGUUAUAUUAAAUCUUGCCAAA